GCCUUUUGAGGUUACCCUUGCUUGGAUGUCUUAUCUUGGAUUGCUACAGAAAUUUUGGUUCGAAAAAAAUUAGUGAAGAUUUCUUGUUUCUUUUUGGUAGAAAAUUUUAUUUUUCUUCGAGAUAGCUCUGCCAGGGCGACCUUUGAAUAUGAAGGCACUUGAUUGAUGUUGAUAACUUUUGGAUCAAGUAAGGAGCGUGGAACAAGAGCAUGGCAGAAGGAGAAGUGACUUUGAUAAUUGUACUAUAUUUGAUUAGAAUCUGAGUGGUUUCAUUUCAAUCAUCUCUUGUUUGUAGUAUAUCUUCUUGGUGGUUCAGUUGACAGUUAGUUAUGUUCUUUUUGUUUUGAAAUAUGGUAUGAAGGUGUCAUGGCAGAAGGAAUCAGUUACUGUGUUUACCCUUGUAUCUCUUUAGAUUGUAGCCUUGCUGUGUCAUUGGUUUUCUCUUACUUCAGCUUCAUGUCCUUCACUCAUACUAAGGAGGUGACAUGUCAUAUCUGAUCCCAUGACUAAAUGCAGGUUCCAAGUGACCAGAAGCUGCCAUCACUUUAUCUUUUAGACAGCAUUGUCAAAAAUAUUGGGAGAGACUACAUAAAGUAUUUUGCAGCGAGACUACCAGAGGUGUUCUGCAAGGCAUAUAGGCAGGUUGAGCCUCCUAUUCAGUCCAGCAUGCGGCAUCUUUUUGGAACUUGGAAAGGAGUCUUCCCUCUCCAAACGCUGAAGAUGAUUGAGAAGGACCUUGGAUUUUCUUCUGCAGUGAACGGAUCUUCUUCCACUGUGACAUCUAGGGCAGAUACACUAUCACAACGGCCACAGCAUAGCAUUCAUGUUAAUCCAAAAUACUUGGAAAGGCAGCGCCUUCAGCAGUCAGGCAGGGCACCAAUUGCAGAUUCACCAGAGGAUAUUGAAAGUCCAGAGAGAACUUCGGGUAUCGUAGGUUCACGACCAUGGACAGAUUCUGCCGUUAAAAUCCAUCGAAGCCAGAUAACAUCACUAAGUGGUUCCAUUGAAGAAAAGAACGUAGGUCUAUUAUAUGGAGACUUGGAUUAUGGUACAGAUGCUCCAAGGAACUCAAUCUUGGGAUCUGGGCGCUUAGGUGCAAGGGCUGUUGAACAAGCACAGCCCAAACCUUGGUAUGGAGUGGCAAGUGGUGUUUCUGAGAAGUUAUCUGAUCCAAGAAACGGUUUCCGAAUGAAGCAAGCAGUGCCAGAGCAUUUGAUCCCCAAAUCAACUAAAGCUGCGCAUAUACAGCCAACAGACAGCAUUUCCCGUAAAAGGGGAAACAGUGUUUCUACAAACUGGAAAAACUCCGAGGAAGAGGAGUUCAUGUGGGAUUUGCACUCCAGAUUGCCUGAUCAGGAUGUAACAACCAUCUCUGAUAUCUCAAGGAAGGAUACCUGGACUCCCAAUGACCCUGAGAAAUUGGGUUUUGAAAAUCGUGUGAGAAGGCCUCAAAUUGGGCAUGAUGUUGGGUCUCGGUUUGACAGAGAGUCGUCCUCAGAUUCAUUAUCUACUGAACAGAGAGAACUUGGGAGCCGUUUGUCCUCGUCAUGGAGAUUGCAAGAAGCAACCUCAAUGGACGAACUUAUGUUUUCCAGUUCCAACACUAAUCCCAGUUACGCAGAUGGCAAUAUAGCUGCCCAUGGUGGGUUGCCUUCCAGGACAAAUUCUGCAUCCAAGAUUGUAGCAGGACCUCGUGCUGGCUCCCCUCAUGCUGGAGCCUCGGGAUUAGGGGUUAUCCCUACUACUGGAGCCGUAGGCCAACAGAGACUUCCUUCCAUUGGGACUUCGUCACCAUCUCAGCAAUCACUACAUCAAGCCGCACCAAGUUCCUCAUUUGCAUCUCGCUAUCCUCCUAGUAGGCAAUUGCCAAAUGCAGCUGACCAUGACUACUCCCAGAUCUUACCUCCUUCCCACCAGAAGGUGCAUCAAUUUUCAAAAAAUUUGCUCCCCCAAAGUGUCCAGUUGGGGAAUAUAAACAGGUUACGGUCUGAAGAAUUGUCUGAAGAAUUGUCUGAAGCUUCUGCUUCGCUUCAGAAGCAAAACCCACCUCAUGAAUGGAAGGCUGGGGCUCCAACAACAUCAGGAAGCUCCGAAUCAGACCAAUCCAUUCAACGUACUACGGAAACUUCAGGCCAACAGAGCACAAGUAGUUUAUUAGCAGCUGUUAUGAAGAGUGGAAUUCUGGGAAAUAUAACUGCUGCUGGCUUGGCUAAGAAGAGCUUGCAAAGUAGUGGGCAAGUCGUAUCAAAGUCAGUUACUAAACCUCCCCUUCCGAAUGCGCCCCUUCCUACCCAAGUUGCUUCUGUGCCUAUGGCUACUUCUGCGUCUUCCAAGUCAUCUACCUCAAGUUUCCCUCAUAAGAAGGAUAAGCAGCAACAGGUUGCACAAGUCGCUCCUAUAAUACAGACCUCAAAGGUGGGAGAUAAGGCGUCGAAUCCAAUUUCAAACCUUUUGAGCUCUUUACUUGUGAAAGGUCUUAUAAGGUCAGAAGCUUCUCCUCCGUCAUCAUCAUCUCAGAUGACCACCGUUGAGCCAGAGAUUCAGAAGAAAAGUACCAUAGCACCUAAAGCCGCCCCAGUUUCUUCUCUGUCAGAGUCUACUCCCACGGCGCGUAAAGAAUCUCUUAAGAAAACUGAUGCAAAAAGCCAUGCCGAUUUGCUUGUUAAGUCUACCCCUGUGAUGCCGAAGGCAAAAGAUUCCGUCAGUUUGCCUCAGUCUAUACCAGUGGAAACUGAGAGUCUCAUUGGAUUGAAGUUUAAAUCGGAUGUAAUCCGAGAAUUUCAUGCAGCUGUCAUUGAUUCCCUUUUCAAUGACCUUCCUCACCAAUGUGAUGCAUGUGGUCUCCGUCUUAAACAGAAAGAGGGGCUUGACAAACAUUUAGAGUGGCACAGUGAAAGGAAGAUUGUUUCUGAUGAUAAGAGAUGGUAUGCUCAAAUAGAGGAUUGGGUUUCUCCAAACGCUGUUGUUCCUUCUGCAGCUGUAGAUUCAUCUCCCAUGGAUGGCCCUGAGUGUGAAAUGGUGGAUAGAGAUGAUGAACCAAUGGCUCCUGCAGAUGAAGAGCAGUGUGUGUGCAUCUUUUGCGGCGAGCUGUUUGAAGACUAUUAUAGUCCUGCAGUGAAUCGGUGGAUGUUUAGAGGAGCUGUGCACAUGACACAAGUUCCUCCAGGUAAUGGUGAACAAAGAAAUGGCCCCCUAGUUCAUGUGCACUGUCGCUCAGAAGGUUCAUCCAGCGAGUUGGGGCUUGUGAAUAGCGUGAAAAUGGAAAUCGAUUCAUAAAUGCAAGGUGGAGAAGGGGCGUGUUUUCAACUGCCAAUCCACCACUAGCAGCUUUGCUUGGAGAAAUCAGAAAUGCAGGUGUAUCAUCACAUGCGAUAAGUUUUGCUAAAAAAAUAUUCGUGCAUGCCUCAGCUAGUUUAGACUCUGCACCAAAAAUGGUGUCGACGAAAAAGCCUUCGUUUUUCUUCAUCCUGCGUCUUUUCACCCCCCACCUUCUUCCCUUCCGUAAUAGAAAUGAUAUUAUAAAGCUAUCAGGUAGCUUUUUGCCGCAUCUCGUGUUCACUAAUGUGUGUGUUUGAUCUGUGUCUUUCCUUUCCCUGUUUUUGCUAUGAUGUUUGGAAAUGUUGCUGAAGCGAAGUGUGCGCUUGAUGAUACUAUACCACACUUGGGACGCCAUUCGGGUAGAAGUUGAGUGCUGCAGUACUGAAAUAUUGUCCCCGUCUGCUCGUUUACUUGUCUGUCGUCGUACCUAAAAACUUUCAUUUCUGUCGUACAUGUCUGUGUUAUGGAUGAAUCUCUGUUUCUGGUACUGGAUUAUCGAGGAGAACUUCGAAUGCUGAUGCAUCAUAACGAUUUUGUUCCGUACCACCUUCCUAAACAGAGCUCCUAUUGUGAUUGAAAAAAGAAAAUGUUUCUUUUCAUAUGUGCUUGGUUACUACAUACAGGGACUGUGACUGUUGUAGUAGGCUUUGUUUUCCAGCGCUAUAAAUGUAUAUAUAUUUUGAUGUCAAUGUUUUCACUAUCAGCAUCAUGAAAUCUUCAGCUUCAGCUCUACUCCACGCUAUUGCGGUGAUCAUUAUGAGGUUAUAUCAUAGUGUUUGCCAUCCGAGGGAAAAAGAGUUGCAGUUCAAGAAGAAAGGACAGGAAAGGAAUCAGAUCCCUACUUUAAUAUGGUGGAUGGCCAUCACCAAAUUCAUUAUUAUAAAUUCCUUUUUGCGUAAGGUACACAAACCUAUGGAUUCCUUGUCGGAAUUCCUCUUCCCUAGUACUCUACUGAUUUAAUAUGGUGGGCAGUCACGGCUGGAAUUAGGGGUGUCAGUUUGGGUCGAGUUCGGUUACCUGAACCAAAUCGUUAAAAAACUCGAAAACCUGAAACCGAAAACCACUAAAACCGAACCUGAAUC